ACCGCAAACGAGCUGCCCGCCUACCGCCAUCGCGAGGAGCUCCUCGCCACGGUGCGCGCCGCCCGCGUCACGCUUGUGCGGGGAGCCACGGGCUGCGGCAAGUCGACGCAGUUGCCGAGGCUGCUGCUGCUUGAGGCUGCCACGGCGGGGACGCCGUGUGCAAUCGUCGUGGCUCAGCCGCGCCGCCUCGCCGCCAUGGCGCUGGCAGAGCGGGUCGCGUCGGAGCUCGGCGAGGGCGUCGGCGGCGUGUGCGGCUACCGCGUGCGGGGCGACGCGCGGGCGUCGGCCGAGACGGCGCUCACCUAUGUGACGACGGGCGUGCUGCUGCGGCUGCUCGAGGAGGACGCGGCGCUGCAGGGCUUUAGCCACGUCGUCGUCGACGAGGUGCACGAGCGGAGCGUCGAGACGGACCUGCUGCUGCUCGCGCUGCGCCGCGCGCUCGCGGCCGGCUCGAGCGCCAAGGUCGUCCUCAUGUCCGCCACGGUGCCCGCCGCGCCCUAUUGCGAGUACUUU